AUGCGUAGGAGUGUAUACCUCGACAACACGAUCGAGUUCCUGCGAGGCAGAGUAUAUCUCGGUGCAUAUGAUUACACGCCGGAAGAUACUGAUGAGCUGGUGUUUUUUACCGUGGAGGACGCAAUCUUUUACAACAGUUUCCAUUUGGAUUUCGGUCCCAUGAACAUUGGACAUCUAUAUCGUUUUGCCGUUAUUUUCCAUGAAAUCUUGAAUGACCCAGAAAAUGCCAAUAAAGCCGUUGUUUUCUAUUCAUCUGCAUCGACCAGACAACGUGCUAACGCCGCAUGUAUGCUUUGCUGUUAUAUGAUCCUCGUUCAGGCAUGGACUCCGCAUCAAGUGCUUCAGCCGUUGGCGCAAGUAGACCCUCCCUUCAUGCCAUUUAGAGAUGCCGGUUAUUCUAAUGCGGAUUUCGAAAUCACAAUUCAAGAUGUGGUUUAUGGCGUUUGGAGGGCUAAGGAAAAAGGCCUUAUUGAUUUGCAUUCCUUCAAUUUGGAGAGUUACGAGAAAUACGAACACGUGGAGUUUGGAGACUUCAAUGUACUCACCCCAGAUUUUAUUGCAUUUGCGUCACCACAAGAGGACCAUCCAAAGGGCUAUCUCGCUACCAAAUCUUCACAUUUGAACCAGCCGUUUAAGUCAGUUCUGAAUUUUUUCGCCAACAAUAACGUCCAAUUAGUGGUAAGGUUGAAUUCUCAUUUAUAUAAUAAAAAGCAUUUUGAAGACAUUGGCAUUCAACAUUUGGAUCUAAUUUUCGAAGAUGGUACAUGUCCUGAUCUUUCCAUUGUAAAAAACUUUGUUGGUGCUGCUGAAACGAUAAUUAAAAGGGGAGGUAAAAUUGCUGUGCACUGUAAGGCUGGGCUAGGUAGAACUGGUUGUUUAAUUGGUGCUCACUUAAUAUACACGUAUGGAUUUACCGCUAACGAGUGUAUUGGCUUCUUAAGGUUUAUAAGGCCGGGAAUGGUCGUUGGCCCUCAACAGCAUUGGUUAUAUUUACACCAGAAUGAUUUUAGAGAAUGGAAGUACACAACCAGAAUUUCUUUGAAGCCUAGUGAGGCCAUUGGCGGCUUAUAUCCCUUAAUAAGUUUAGAAGAAUACCGCUUACAAAAAAAGAAACUUAAAGACGACAAGAGGGUUGCGCAAAAUAACAUUGAAGGUGAAUUAAGAGAUUUAACCAUGACGCCGCCAUCCAACGGUCAUGGGGCGCUUAGUGCCAGAAAUUCGAGCCAACCUUCUACGGCGAAUAAUGGAAGUAAUUCAUUCAAGAGCUCAGCCGUCCCACAGACUUCGCCUGGUCAGCCGAGAAAGGGCCAAAACGGUUCUAAUACUAUAGAAGAUAUCAACAAUAAUCGUAAUCCAACUUCCCAUGCGAAUAGGAAGGUAGUAAUAGAAAGCAACAACUCAGAUGACGAAUCCAUGCAGGAUACCAACGGCACAAGUAAUCAUUAUCCCAAAGUUUCGCGCAAGAAAAAUGAUAUCUCCUCUGCUUCAUCGUCCCGAAUGGAAGAUAACGAACCCAGCGCAACGAACAUCAAUAAUGCCGCAGAUGAUACCAUACUAAGACAACUAUUGCCCAAGAAUAGGAGAGUAACGUCAGGGAGAAGGACUACAAGCGCCGCCGGUGGUAUAAGAAAAAUAAGUGGCUCCAUCAAGAAAUAA